AUGAAGAGCGUUGUGCCCGUCGUCGCAUUGAUAGCUGUGUGGAGCCCCUCCCUGGGGGCCGCCGACGAUUUCGGUGCAGCUUGGGGCUCGCCUCACUCGUUCCGCGCAGAGGUGGAAGCAGCUCUUGAGCAGUUGCGGAGGAUACUGGACGAGGAGAGGCACCCUCAGUACCCCGCAGACGUCGCGCACGUGUACGAGGACGGACGACGGCUGUCCGAGUUGGCCACAAAGGCCGCCUCUGCCGGGCUGGUCCAACUCUUCAGAACUCUCCUCGACAACACCUGGCCGGGCUUCUCCGGCCAGACGCUUCCGGAGUGGGCCACAGGAGCGCCGCUGCUUGUCUUCUCCUCCUGUCAAUUCUGCGAGCUCAAAGAGACGGUGGACAAAGAGAUUCAGGUCGGUUCGGCGAAAAUCGAGGAGAAGGAAGGGAUCCUGGGCUCUUGGAAGUCGAAAGUGAAGACCAAGGCCGAGGUGCAGGAGCACUUCUGGAACUGGACAGCGACGUGGCGCCUUUAUAUGACGACCGCGGGGUCCGAUCAGAGUUUUCCUCUGCUGAGUGGCUCCGGAGGAACCACACUGAAGACCAUGACGACACCUCCUGCGAAGCCACAGCAGCCACGCCCUACAGCGGAGUGUGCACCGACGCUCGAGCUCGACAUGACUUGGUUGGCCCGCAGGCUACGAGCUGGGGCGGUCGACUUCACCGUGAAUCGCACUGCACCUGACUGUCGCACUCCAGCACGGAACAAGGACACGCAGGCAGCCUUGAGCUUCUUCAACAAAGUGCACGUCCUGGGAGAUUCAGCUGCGAACAUCUUGAUGGGCCAGCUAGGCACUCUUCUGGGUGGGGAUAAGCCGGGCGCGGCCAAGCCAGGCUGGGCGCCGCCCAAGUCUCUGCAACUGGAUGUCUCCCCGGCCCAGCCUCUUGCAGAAGGCGAGGUGUUCCAUCCCGUGUUGUUCCAGCCCGUGUUUGCCAUGUUCGCGCUGGACGGCUCCACUAACGCCUCUUGCAUGAAGAAGUACCCCCUCAUUGAUCAUGAGUCCGAUUUGAAAAUGAAGGAAGACAUGGACGUCGUCCUGAGCGCCCACCGACGUAGCCUGCAGGCUCAUCGUGAGAGCCAGGAAGAGCACUUGAGGAGGAUCUCAUCUGGCAGUGGCAACAGCGUGGACCGCUCUUUGAUUAGCCUUCUCAUCGUUGUACAGGAGAUGGCAAGUCUGGCUCGACAAAUCACGUCCGCUGUCAGAGAGCUGGAGCGCAUGCUGCAGGAGCAGCUCACUGCUGCCAUAGGCAAAACGCUGCAACCCGCAGACUUCGGCGAGUACAUGGAAUUCCACUCGGGCGAGCUCCUGCGUCCAGCAUACAAGCCGAAUCCUUUCGUGUUUGCUGUGCGACGGGCACAGCAUCAUCCGGAGGGAACCGUGAGCAUCGAGGCAUAUCAUCAGAAGUCUCGUCAGGCUAUCUCCACCUUCAGCUUGCACCGUGAAGCUGCCCCAUUCAUGCGAAUGCAAUUGAGUUCCGCGGCGACGAUUUCGUUCACAGGUGAGCACUUUGUGCAUGCUGCCGUCCUCCACCAGUUUGCCAGGCAGAAGGAGAAGGAACUGAGACUGGUUGCACGGGCACGCCAGCUGAGCUGCUUUGUUUUGGUGGUUGGGAAGAUCAUCUCCUCGGAUGCUUGGCGGCAUUACGUUGAGGCCCCUUUGUCCAUGAGCAGCCCGUCUGCCUGUGUGCUGAUUGCUUGCACCUUCCUUCAAUGUGGUUGGGGCAAUGCCAACGACGGAGCAUAUGUUCGAGGAAGGCUGAACCUUCCUUUCGUUGGACACACGACGUUUGGGAAGUUUCAGCCGGGGGACUUGAACGGACCAUGGCUGCGUUCUACGGGUGCUGAAGGCAGUGCUCGGCCUGACUUCGCUGUGCUCGGAGUUCCGAAUGACAUGGGGACCCAAUACAGAUCCGGAGCUCGCAUGGGCCCCAGGGCUAUUCGGGAAGCCUCAACCUUGUACCAGUUCGGCCACGCAGAGGUCUAUGAUGCGGAUACUGGUGAGACCUACCAGUACGGAGAUGUGGUCGAUAUCGGUGAUGUCGACAUUGUCCACACGGACCAGCAUCUGUCUUUGAACCGCACCCGCGAUGCUGUGGAGCUUAUUCUUCAGGCUGGCGUGACUCCCUUCAUUCUAGGCGGUGAUCACGCAACCACUGCGCCUGUCUGUUCCGCUUUAUCCUCCUUAUCCAAGCCAGUUUUCCUUGUGCAGAUUGAUGCUCAUUUGGAUUUUGUCGACGAACGGCAUGGGGUGCGCUACGGUCACGGUAACUGCAUGAGGAGGUGUUUGGAGAUGCCGCACAUCAAUGCGAUGCUGCAGCUUGGAAUUCGCAGCGUGAGCUCCACUGCGAAGAGCAGCUUCGAAGAUGCGCGUCGCAUGGGCUCCACGAUUCUCAGUGUGAGAAAGGUGCGAGAGCUAGGAGUGAAACAUGUUGCAGAGUUGGUGCCUUCCGGGGCGCUUGUCUAUUUCAGCGUUGACAUUGACGGUUUCGAUCCAUCCAUAGCACCGGGCACUGGCACUCCCAGCCAUGGGGGUUUCAGCUACUACGAGGUCAAGGACCUUCUGAGAGAGAUCAUCCUCUUCCGAGCCUCCGAUGUUGCUGGCCUGGACUUGGUGGAGGUUGCCCCGCCUUACGAUCCAGCACAGGUGACAUCUCUGCUUGCUGCGCGAGUGGUCUUCGAUGCGAUGGGCUUCAUAAAGCUGAAGCGACAGCGAUCUACCAACACGGACACGUUCAAACCGGCAGCGGCGCUCAUCAUCCAGAACAAAGACGAGUUGGUCAUACCGCUUCUUCUGGAGACUGUGCCGUCUCCGAAGGAAUUCCUUGACUCGAUCCAGUCCCUGUCGCCAGAACAACAGCGCUUUGCAAAAGCCUUCCGGAAGAUGCAGCUCUCGAGUUCGCUCUUCGCUGUGGCCAUUGUUCAGAUCAAGCCGGCCUUGGAACCUCGGUUGCGCAGCAUCUGCUACUGUGAUUACAUGCUGUCGCAUGUGGCGGUGGCUCCAGAUCUGAUGUCCUACGAGCCUUGGUCCUCCGGGGUGGCGGAAAAGGCCGCGCGAGUCACUGCAGCAGACAAGCUUGCAGCGGUCAAAAGUCACGUCAAGUCCCUUUGGGAGACCAUUGCUGCAUCAAAGCAGAAGCAGCUGCAAGAGAAGCAGGAGGAGGUGAAGUUACGAAACAUGCAGUCUUGCGGCGCGGAAGAUUGCAGUGCCAGGUUCAAUGUAGAUGAGCUUGGUGUUCCGUCAACGAAUUACAAGGACUAUCAGGAGCUCCAUGAGUUGGGAGGUCACGACCCGCCCAAGACAGCUCAGACGCUGACGCCGAGCGGCUCGAGCGGCCGGAUGGCAAAGAAGGCACAGUCUCCCAAGGUGCACAGUGCUAGGAUGAAAGCUGCAGAUGCACCGUCUUCGGAGCAGCCUCCAGUGCAGGACGCCCCUUCGCCUUCACCUCCGCCACAAGCCCGAGAAGCUGCAGAGGCUGCAGAUUCGGGAGCUUUCGACUACACGCAGCUGCCGCACCGGUUGGACGCAAAUUAUCUGAAGUUCGAUUCCGACGCCGUAUUGCGUCCGACGAAGAUCGAUCUGGCGGCUGUCUGGACGAAGCAGGAGCAGCCAGGCCUUCUCGGAGAUGCACGGAGCCGCCAACUUCACGAAGCGGACCAGCGGGCAGAGACCAACAAGGCCUUUGAUCUUCUCGAUGCACUCAGCCGCUCUGGCGCCGAGGCCUUGGAGUCUUCCUUGCACAUCAUGGUUGCCGCUACGCACUGCUUCGAUGAGACCAUCCUCAACACUUUGGUGCAGCAGAACAGAAACCCGAUCGAAAAGACGGAGCGCUCAAUGCUAAUCAUGGCGUCUACUCUCCACCGCACACCGCUGGACCAACUCUUAAACCCGGGAGAGGUGGAUCGUGUGCGUGCUUUGAUGCCCACCGUCUUUGCGGGGCUCGCUGAGUCGAAGAAGCUGGUCUUCCUCGGUUCUCUGUUUCCGGUUCAUCCUGGAGACUACUCGACCGCCCGGAGAGCAGCACUGCGGCACCUUGGUCUGGAAGAACUGCAUUUAGUCUUCGAGGCCUCUGUCCUUCAAGUUGCGAUCAUGGGCUUGAUCAUUAUCUCCACGAUCCUGGCAGUCUUCGAGACAGUGCCGAGCCUCUACAAGGAGCACAUCGACAUGUUCAAGCUGUCGGAGAAGGUCUUUACUGCAAUUUUCACUGCUGAAGUUCUUCUCCGAGCAGCAUCAACCGAAAGCUGCAGGAACUACAUCUGCGCAGUAUCGAACCAGAUUGAUAUCUUGGCGACAUCGCCAUGGUAUCUGGAGAAGAUUCUCGUUGCCACAAUGCCCACAGGCCAUCACAACGAGCAUCUCAACAACAUCGCUGGUUCCUUGCGGACGCUUCGGAUGGUCCGCUUGGCGCGGAUGGUCAGACUUGUGCGAGUUUUGCGCAUUGCGAAAUUCGCCCGCCACUCCGAGGUGCUCAGUGUGGUUGUCGAGAGUCUUGUUGAGUCCAUCAGCGGCAUUUGGGUCCUCGUGGCUUUUGUCAGCAUGUGGGCCUUGAUCAGUGCCACCGUGGUGUAUGCUGUUGAGUCAGAGCAGCCGGAUACCGACUUUGACUCAAUCCCCGCAGCUAUGUGGUGGUCCAUGGCGACCAUUUCCACCGUUGGCUACGGGGACAUGGUUCCCGAAACCGCAGCCGGAAAGGUCGUGGGCGGAGCGUCCAUGCUGGGCGGAAUACUGAUCACCUCGAUUGCAGUUGCGGUGAUCACCACCACCUUCACGGAGCACUACCAGGAUAAGUGCCGCAUGCGUGAGGCAAUGAAGCUCGACAGGAUUCAAGGACGAGAGGACGAAGAAGGCCCAGGCCCCAACGGCACUCCGCCUCCGCAGUCUUCCAGAAGGGACGCCGACAAUCCUAUCGUUGCCUGGGAUCUGAUGGAGAAGGACGUCCUGAAGCACAUCAUUCGCUUAGAAGCGGAGCUUCUGGACAGACCACUCCGCGAAAGGAACACCAGCAACACCAUGGCCAUACAGAUGCUAGAGGAGCAAGCGAAGAACUUCUUCAAGCAAGGAAAAAGCUUAACGCAGCAAGUCAUGAUGGAAAAGGUGAGUCGCAUCACUGAAGGGGAGCUUGCUGAGGAGCCUCCUGGAGAAAGAGGCGAAAGCAAAGCCAGCAUAAUCUCCAGUGUGUGA